GAUUGUAAACAGGCAGACAGGUGCCUUGGACGACGAAAAGUUCAACAUUAUCCAUUAUCCCAAGGUCUGAGCUUGAAGGGCACGUGUUUGAUUUCAGCUUUGCAGAAUAUGCUCUUUUAUACAAAUUCGUUGUGACAUGGCUCUUCAACAGAUCUUCAUCAUCAUACUUCUCCAUCUUGCCAUCAAAUCAUUAUUGUACAACUUUGUAUUAGGGAUUGAUGUGAAACCACAAAAAGAAAUAUAUCUGCCAAGCUAUGACUUUUAUCAUAAUAUUUCCUCCUUAGAAAAAAAAAUUAAUGAUAUUGUUCAAAGGAAUACGAAUUAUAUGAGAAUAGAUUCAAGUUAUCAUUCUCGAUUUGGAAAAUCCCAGCUAGUCAUCCAUAUCACCAACUUUACUGGGAGUACAUCAACUCAGCUAUUCAAAAAUACUAUGACACCCAAACUAAAAGUCCUCUUUUCAUUUGGAGAGCAUGCGAGGGAGUUCCUGCCUGUUGAAUCCAUGCUGUUUUUCAUCAGUAAUCUAACAGCAGGACUGUCUUCACUGCCUGGCAGUUAUGCUGAACAAUUUACCAGAUCAAUACUGUCCAAGGUUGACCUAUUUAUCAUUGGUAUGGCGAAUCCUGAUGGGCGUAGCCUGCUGGAGCAGAAGAGUAACUACUGUUGGCGAGGAACUAGCACUGGGGUAGACCUAGACCGCAACUUUGACUGGGAGUUUGGUGGCAAGGGCAGUUCAUCUGACCCAACUGAUGAGGAAUAUAGAGGGCACACAACCUUUUCAGAACCAGAGGCCAAAGUGUUUCGUGAGCUCACAUUGAAAUACAAGUUUGAUGCCUUCGUCUCUUUUCACUCGGGAAUUAACCAGAUUUACGUUCCUUACGCAGAUACCAAAUCAAAAUUGGAAAAUCGCCACCCUUACAAUGUAGAAGAUAUGCUGGAUUUAGCUUCUGAAUUGUCACAUGCUACAAAACAUGGGUACACCUAUGGUCAAUCCUACGUUCUCAACCACUACACAGCUGACGGCACGAUCUUUGACUUCAUGGCAGGAUCAAGAAUGAUCCCUUUUUCCUUUGCCAUUGAGCUAUGGCCUUGGAAGCAACCAGCAGAGGGGAAAAGUUGUUUUAAUUUGUUCAAUCCUAAAAGUGAACAGCUUCAGAGCAUUUUGCAGGAAAUACACCCUUUGUAUGUGAAGUUUUUUAAUUAUUUAAUUGACUGGAAAUUUAACGAGGGGAUAGUGAAAAGGAAUGCAGCUGUCUUGGAGGAGGCACCAUCACUAGCCUUUGGUUACAUCCUCCUCGGAAUGGUGAUCGUCCUAACAGCUAUCAUGGCUCUUCAUGGCAGAUUUCCCUUCUGUCAACGCUUCCAACCACGCCGAAGAAUUGUUAGUCUGAAAUCUUUAAGUUCUACAUUUUCAAUGUCUUUUAUGAAAUCCUGAUAUAAGUUUGUAUUAUGUAAUAAGAUAUUUCUACAAAAAAAGGAAAAUAAUUUUGAAAAUACAAUGUAUUGCAUUUAAGAAGGUUUAUAUACACAAGGUUGUGUCAACUAAAUCUUUGAUAAUUAUUUAUAUUUUACUCUCUGGGAUGUAGAUCCUGUUUUACUGUAAAGUUCUUAUAGAAUAAUGUCAUUAUUAAGGCCAGGUAGUUUAUACUGAUGAUUUUAGGAUAGAAUCUCUGAAGCAUUAUAAGGGCUAUUCCAGUAAAAUAUAUAAUUACCAACAGAGAACUGUAUGGUGGACACAAGAGAAAAUGCAUCUCCUUAUAUGGUAAUGUUUUAAUUCACUUCUCUUGGUUGUUCCUGUUUGACUGGAAUAGUCCAAAUCACUGUAGAUUAAAGAAUUUCGUUAUAUAUAUCAUACAGCAGGUUAUAUUUGUGGCAGUUUAGUUUGGUGACCUGGCAGAUCAAAAUCUGUGAUCGCCAAAAUUUAAAUUGCGUUACACCUGGGCAAUCUGACCAUAAAAUGAUUUGAUAUUUUGUCGACAUUAGAUUAUCUUAGUCAACACUGAUGACUGGGUUAAAGGCCGGGAUGGUCCUAAUCCUCGACUUUAGAUUAUCUUAGUCAACACUGAUGACUGGGUUAAAGGCCGGGAUGGUCCUAAUCGUUGACUUUAGAUUAUCUUAGUCAACACUGAUGACUGGGUUAAAGGCCGGGAUGGUCCUAAUCCUUGACUUUAGAUUAUCUUAGUCAACACUGAUGACUGGGUUAAAGGCCGGGAUGGUUCUAAUCCUCUACUUUAGAUUAUCUUAGUCAACACUGAUGACUGGGUUAAAGGCCGGGAUGGUCCUAAUCCUUGACUUUAGAUUAUCUUAGUCAACACUGAUGACUGGGUUAAAGGCCGGGAUGGUUCUAAUCCUUGACUUUAGAUUAUCUUAGUCAACACUGAUGACUGGGUUAAAGGCUGGGAUGGUCCUAAUCCUUGACUUUAGAUUAUCUUAGUCAACACUGAUGACUGGGUUAAAGGCCGGGAUGGUCCUAAUCCUUGACUUUAGAUUAUCUUAGUCAACACUGAUGACUGGGUUAAAGGCCGGGAUGGUCCUAAUCGUUGACUUUAGAUUAUCUUAGUCAACACUGAUGACUGGGUUAAAGGCCGGGAUGGUCCUAAUCCUCGACUUUAGAUUAUCUUAGUCAACACUGAUGACUGGGUUAAAGGCCGGGAUGGUUCUAAUCCUCGACUUUAGAUUAUCUUAGUCAACACUGAUGACUGGGUUAAAGGCCGGGAUGGUCCUAAUCCUCGACUUUAGAUUAUCUUAGUCAACACUGAUGACUGGAUUAAAGGCUGGGAUGGUCCUAAUCCUCGACUUUAGAUUAUCUUAGUCAACACUGAUGACUGGGUUAAAGACCGGGAUGGUUCUAAUCCUCGACUUUAGAUUAUCUUAGUCAACACUGAUGACUGGGUUAAAGGCCAGAAUGGUCCUAAUCCUCGACAUUAGAUUAUCUUAGUCAACACUGAUGACUGGGUUAAAGGCCGGGAUGGUCCUAAUCCUUGACUUUAGAUUAUCUUAGUCAACACUGAUGACUGGGUUAAAGGCCGGGAUGGUCCUAAUCCUCGACUUUAGAUUAUCUUAGUCAACACUGAUGACUGGGUUAAAGGCUGGGAUGGUUCUAGUCCUUGACUUUAGAUUAUCUUAGUCAACACUGAUGACUGGGUUAAAGGCCGGGAUGGUCCUAAUCCUUGACAUUAGAUUAUCUUAGUCAACACUGAUGACUGGGUUAAAGGCUGGGAUGGUCCUAAUCCUCGACUUUAGAUUAUCUUAGUCAACACUGAUGACUGGGUUAAAGGCCGGGAUGGUCCUAAUCCUUGACAUUAGAUUAUCUUAGUCAACACUGAUGACUGGGUUAAAGGCUGGGAUGGUCCUAAUCCUCGACUUUAGAUUAUCUUAGUCAACACUGAUGACUGGGUUAAAGGCCAGGAUGGUUCUGAUCCUUGACUUUAGAUUAUCUUAGUCAACACUGAUGACUGGGUUAAAGGCCAGGAUGGUUCUGAUCCUCGACUUUAGAUUAUCUUAGUCAACACUGAUGACUGGGUUAAAGGCCGGGAUGGUCCUAGUCCUCGACUUUAGAUUAUCUUAGUCAACACUGAUGACUGGGUUAAAGGCCGGGAUGGUCCUAAUCCUCGACUUUAGAUUAUCUCAGUCAACACUGAUGACUGGGUUAAAGGCCGGGAUGGUCCUAAUCCUCGACUUUAGAUUAUCUUAGUCAACACUGAUGACUGGGUUAAAGGCCGGGAUGGUCCUAAUCCUCGACUUUAGAUUAUCUUAGUCAACACUGAUGACUGGGUUAAAGGCCGGGAUGGUCCUAGUCCUCGACUUUAGAUUAUCUUAGUCAACACUGAUGACUGGGUUAAAGGCUGGGAUGGUCCUAAUCCUCGACUUUAGAUUAUCUUAGUCAACACUGAUGACUGGGUUAAAGGCCAGGAUGGUUCUGAUCCUUGACUUUAGAUUAUCUUAGUCAACACUGAUGACUGGGUUAAAGGCCAGGAUGGUUCUGAUCCUCGACUUUAGAUUAUCUUAGUCAACACUGAUGACUGGGUUAAAGGCCGGGAUGGUCCUAGUCCUCGACUUUAGAUUAUCUUAGUCAACACUGAUGACUGGGUUAAAGGCCGGGAUGGUCCUAAUCCUCGACUUUAGAUUAUCUCAGUCAACACUGAUGACUGGGUUAAAGGCCGGGAUGGUCCUAAUCCUCGACUUUAGAUUAUCUUAGUCAACACUGAUGACUGGGUUAAAGGCCGGGAUGGUCCUAAUCCUCGACUUUAGAUUAUCUUAGUCAACACUGAUGACUGGGUUAAAGGCCGGGAUGGUCCUAGUCCUCGACUUUAGAUUAUCUUAGUCAACACUGAUGACUGGGUUAAAGGCCGGGAUGGUCCUAAUCCUCGACUUUAGAUUAUCUCAGUCAACACUGAUGACUGGGUUAAAGGCCGGGAUGGUCCUAAUCCUCGACUUUAGAUUAUCUUAGUCAACACUGAUGACUGGGUUAAAGGCCGGGAUGGUUCUGAUCCUCGACUUUAGAUUAUCUUAGUCAACACUGAUGACUGGGUUAAAGGCCGGGAUGGUCCUAGUCCUCGACUUUAGAUUAUCUUAGUCAACACUGAUGACUGGGUUAAAGGCCGGGAUGGUCCUAAUCCUCGACUUUAGAUUAUCUUAGUCAACACUGAUGACUGGGUUAAAGGCCGGGAUGGUCCUAAUCCUCGACUUUAGAUUAUCUUAGUCAACACUGAUGACUGGGUUAAAGGCCGGGAUGGUUCUAAUCCUUGACUUUAGAUUAUCUUAGUCAACACUGAUGACUGGGUUAAAGGCUGGGAUGGUUCUAAUCCUUGACUUUAGAUUAUCUUAGUCAACACUGAUGACUGGGUUAAAGGCCGGGAUGGUCCUAAUCCUUGACUUUAGAUUAUCUUAGUCAACACUGAUGACUGGGUUAAAGGCCAGGAUGGUUCUAAUCCUCGACUUUAGAUUAUCUUAGUCAACACUGAUGACUGGGUUAAAGGCCGGGAUGGUCCUAAUCCUUGACUUUAGAUUAUCUUAGUCAACACUGAUGACUGGGUUAAAGGCCAGGAUGGUCCAAGUCCUUGACUUUAAUUUAACUUAGACAAUGCUGAUAAGUAAGUGAAACGCCUGGAUGGACCUAGUCCUAUUCAUCAGAAUAGUCAUUCCUUUUCAACUCUACAAAUUAUUUAGUUGCAGAUAAAUUUUGCCACAGCAGCGCAUGUUUCAGAUCUGAAAAGCCAACAAAAUCAUGUAAUUUAUAAAUUUGUACGUCUUGCUAUGAUAUCUCAAAGAAAAAUGCUGCUUCUCAAAAUACUGGCUGUGUGUUAUAAUCAGUAUCAUCCAGGUGGUGUAUAAACACUUAUUAUUCUGAAAAUUAUGUCUAUUCAAGGAUAAACUUGUCAGAUCUGAGGUAGUGAUUUUGAUUUUAUCAUUGUAAACUUGUAAUUAUUGAGGUCUGUAGAUAAACUUGUCAGAUCUGAGGUAGUGAUUUUGAUUUUAUCAUUGUAAACUUGUAAUCAUUGAGGUCUGUAGAUAAACUUGUCAGAGGUCUGUAGAUAAACUUGUCAGAUUUGAGGUAGUGAUUUAACUGUAUUUUAUCAUUUCUGUCUUGGUAAAGUGGUUAUUUAGAAAACUUCUGUAGAUUUUACAUACACCAUGUACAAUAGAACAUUAAUUUUUUUAUAUUCUUUUAACAGAACAAAAACAAAGUACAUCAAUGUUUUCUUGAUUUGAUAGUUACUGACAAUAUAAAUAUAAAAUCAGUGUGUUGAUCUCAGUUUUCUCUGAAUUUUACAUUCUUUGAAAACAGCUAAAUAUUAAAAUUCAUAGUAUUGUAGAACAAGAUGUUUUGUGAUACUAGAGACUGCGUCCAUUAUACUGAGUUUUAAUCCAAAUUUCACAUUUAAAACUAAAUCUGUAAAAUAAAACUUAAUUCACUUGUGGUAUUUGGAUUAAGAAUGUUUUAUAUAAAAUGUGAUGUUUGUUUUCUGUUACUAGAGUACUGUGGGGUAACAUGACUUUGUAUUUAUCUGGGAAUUUGUAACCAAAGUAAUCAAUGAUGUUGUAGUUUAUCUCAUAUGUUUCAAGUAUUGAUAUUGUUAAUGAAACAUUGGAGUGAUAUAUAUUCUUUAAACAAAGUCUAUCGACAUGAUUAUGUUCAUCUCUUAAAAAGUGUGAACAUUACCAGGUAAAGUAAGAAUGAUAAUAUCAUAAUAUAUGUUUUUCUUAAUUGACAACUACUCAAAGAUCUCUAGUCUUGGCACACUUUCCCUUAUAUAUUAUCAUUGUUGACGUCCUUCAAAUAAUUAGUAAGAUUUUUUUCUUUGAAUACAGUUUUUCUUAGAUUUGUUUGUGAUAGCUGUGAUGGUUCAGCUAAUAAAAUAUGGUUAUAGCUUUGGUUACAAUACAAGAUUUUUUUGUUCACAGUAUCAAACAUUUCUCAACCUAAUUGAAUGAAGUUUACUGUUUACAUUAUGACUGUAAUGGUAGAGUGUAAAGAAAUAUAUCAAAUUAUUUACGUGUAAAUUGCAUAUUGUGCUGAACAAUUUUAUCUUCCUUAAAUUGUGAGGCCGGAAAAAGUGGUCUUAUAUCGUCACAUUGGAGACGUUGUUAUCUCCAGUUUUCUGGUUGGUGUUUAAUUACCUACUAUCUAACCCUUUCCUCCCUGUUAUAUAAUAUGUAAUUGAUAAUUCAAUGUUUGAUUAGGCUGACCCCUGUGACCUUGAAAGUGGGUGAAGAUAACUGCUAUGAUAUAUAGUAUUAAGUUACUACACUUGAUACUCAGACAAGUUCUUACCCUUGUUUACAUUAUCUGGUGUACACUUCCUAUAUAAUUAGCUUUUUGAUGUCUUUUCAGAUCUGAAUUUUUUAUCAAUAUUGAGAGUGAUUUGUUCCAUUUUCUUGUUUUGCAACUUUGCCCUUGUAUUUUAGGGGUUCUUAUUUACUUUAGAAUUUGCAGUUCAUAUCAGUUUAAGUUAAUCCUGAUAAUGUAGACGUUACCCUGUUUCUGACCAAUUCUGAAUGGAACAUAUUUGUAAUUCAAUGUAGUUCAAACAACUUUUCAAUGUCCCAUGGUAUUUUGGACUAAUGUCCCAUGGUAUUUUGUACUAUUCAAUGUCCCAUGAUAUUUUGGACUUUUCAAUGUCCGAUGGUAUUUCGGACUAUUCAAUGUCCCAUGGUAUUUUGGAAUAAUGUCCCAUGGUAUUUUUUGUUCCAGAAAGGUAUGAAAUCUUUUGUAAAUUAAAGUAAGUUGUCAUUACUAUGGUAUUCAAUGCUUCAAUUGUAAAUUGAUAAAUUUAUUUAGUACUUAAAUGUUAUAUACAUUGCUCGCUGCUCUGUGAGACCAAAGAUUUAUUUUAAACAGUAAGUACCUAAACAGCAGGAUUCUUAUUUAUGUGACGCCCGAUCUGCUAUUGUUGUAUUAGACUGUCAGUAAUAGUAUAUGUAGAAGAAAUCUGUGACAUAGUUAUCUCCCUUUGUCACCGUGCCUGAAUUAGUUUAUCUAUGUUACCAGAGACAUAUAUACAGAUAUAUAUGUCUCUGAUGUUACCAAGCAUUUGAAAUUUCCUUGAGGGAGAUUGUGUUCAGGUUUUCUUGACUAAAAAUAGAGUAUUUAAUUCUAUAAUUUUUACACUAAUUAUUACCGUAAGUAUGCAUUCAAAGCUGUUCUUUCUUUUAGACUAAAGGUAAUUGAAUUUUUUGUAAUUUGUAGAGAUAAAGGAAUUCCCUCAAGUUAAAGAAAUAGAUUAAACCAGGGUCUGGUUAACUUGAAUUAGUCAAAACCCUUUAAUCUAUUAGGAUUAUACAACUUUUUACUUUAUACCAAAUGUAUGAGAUAAAAUGUUCAUGUUAUCAUACUAGUCAGAGCAAGGUCACACAAGGUCACACUUUGAACAGUGUUGUUUAGAUGAUGCACAAGGAACUAGUUAGGACACAAUGCUUAGGACACAAUGUAUAGCGGCCAAAGAUCUAAAACUCUAUUAGUUUUACUGUAUUGAAUGUACAUUUGUAUUACCAACUUCUGUGAUGGUAAAAGGUAUGUGUUUGUAACAUUCCAGCUGUAUGGUAGAUUUUAUAGAGAGGUUUUGUGUUAAAUACAAACCAAUGUAACACCAAAA